CUUCGCGAGAAGAGAAAGUUGAACACACUUCUCGACCCAUCGACACUCGGAAGAAGCCCCUCUAAAAAUUAUUUUGGAACGAAAUGUCCAAACUUGACUCUGUUCUUUUGGAAAAGGCUAUCGGCGACGUCCUCGCCUUCUCUGCCGGAGAUGAGGUCAGCUUCGGUGGCGAAUCGAAGCAGGGAAAGAAGCGUAACUUCACUGAAACGAUCGAAGCCCAGAUUACCUUGAAGAACUAUGAUCCCGUUCGUGACAAGCGUUUUUCUGGAACUUUCAGGCUCCCCACUGUCCCUCGUCCUCAGCUCAAAUGCUGCGUUUUGGGAAAUGCCGCUCAUUGUGAACAGGCGGAUCGUAUCGGUGUUGACCACAUGUCUGUUGAGGAUUUGAAGAAGCUCAACAAAAACAAGAAGCUAGUCAAGAAGCUCGCCAAGCGCUACGAUUUCUUUCUAGCUUCCGACAACAUGAUCCGUCAGAUUCCUCGUCUUCUCGGCCCCGGAUUGACCAAGGCAGGUAAAUUCCCUACUCUCCUCUCUGGUUCCGACGAUAUGCAGGAAAAGAUUGACGAGCAAAAGGCUACGAUCAAAUUCCAGAUGAAGAAAGUUAUGUGCUUGAACGUGGCUGUCGGAAAUGUGGGCCAGGAUCCGAAGGAAAUUAUCGUCAAUACCCAGCUCGCUGCUAACUUCCUCGCCUCGCUUCUCAAGAAACAGUGGCAGAACAUUGGACAGAUCUACAUCAAGUCUACCAUGGGACCCCCAAUGCAGAUUUAUUUCUAAAUUUAUGGACUUUGUUUGUGUGACAAGGUUUCAAAGAUCUAACCCAACUUCGGCCAUUG